CGUUUUCGUUUCCUGGAAGGACAGCGAUUACCGAUUACCGAGCGCCCCGCGCCUGCUCCCGGACCGAGCGCACACUCCCCGCGCCUGGAAGGAGAUUUCCUCCCACGAGGCAUUCCGAUCUCCAGCCGAGUUUGGGGUCGGGAAGGGAGCGUCUGGCAGCGCGGCCGGGGCGGCCCGCCCUGGGGAAGCACAGCCCGGCGCCCACGCCUCCACCUGUGAUGCAGGAGGGAGCGCUGGCCGGCUCUGCCGUGAGCCCCGCGGCAGCCACGCCACCUCCAGGCGCCCGGGCCCAGGCCAGAUGUGACGCCCACGUGGACCUGCAGGGCCGGCGGGGCAUCUGCAAGCUGCCAGGAAGACUCCGGAUCCAGCCCGCGCUCUGGAGCCGGGAGGACGUGCUGCACUGGCUGCGCUGGGCCGAGUGCGAGUACUCCCUGCAGCGCACCCGGGAGCGCGGCUUCGAGAUGAACGGCCGUGCGCUCUGCAUCCUCACCAAGGACGACUUCCGGCUCCGCGCGCCCGGCUCAGGUGACGUCCUGUACGAGCUGCUCCAGUACAUCAAGACCCAGCGGCAGGCCCUGGUGUGCGGCCCUUUCUUCGGCAGGGCCUUCAGGCAGAAGAUGCCCCGUGGGCACUGCCCCUGCCCCCUGCAAGAGGGGACCAGGCCCUCUCAGGGGGCCCAGGGAGGCCUCCUGCAGCAGCCACCCGACCUGGAGCUUACCGACUCCUGGAGCCGCCUGGAUGCCGCUGGCCUGGCCAGGUGGCCCCCCGGCGGGGAGGAGGCCCUCAGCUUCCCUCUCCGUGGGGAGCUCAGCUGUAGGGCAGAGGGAGUCUGCUCCUUCCCCAUGAGGCCGCAGGCCCCCGUCGACGGCAGGAUUGAUGGCAGGAUCGCAGACUGCCGGCUGCUGUGGGACUAUGUGUACCAGCUGCUCUCCGACACCAGGUACCAGUCUGUCAUCAGGUGGGAAGACGAGAACGCCAGGAUCUUCCGAGUCGUGGAUCCCAACGGGCUUGCCAGACUCUGGGGAAACCACAAGAACCGUGUGAACAUGACCUAUGAGAAGAUGUCGCGCGCCCUGCGCCACUACUAUAAGCUGAACAUCAUCAGGAAGGAGCCGGGGCAGAAGCUCCUGUUCAGGUUCCUGAAGCUGCCCGGGAAGACGGCCCCGGGGCAGGGCAGCCGCCCGCAGCAGCUGCAGUGCCGGGCGCAGGGCCAGGCCGGCUUCGAGGCGGACGUGCCGGCGGUCUCUCCGUGAGGGCACGACCCGGGCCCUGGGCAGAUGGGACAGAGAGCGAGUCUCUCGUGAGGGCGGCGAGCUGCACGCCUCCGCCCUCCUCCCCGGGCAGCAGGGAUGCCCGGCCGGUGCACUUCGGGACCUGCUGUCGGGGACCUCAGCGAGGGAGGGUGGCCGGCGCUGAGGGCAUCCAGCCCCACGCCUCCAGGUCACAGAAGGGAGUGGCCCCAGCCUCAGCUCGCCCAUCAAGGGCGCGUGCUCCCCGCAGGGCUCCUCUAUGAACGGACAAAAGGAUGGCUGCUCGGUCAACCUUUGGGAUAAUGACAACGGUGGUAUCUGGUGUUUAAGUGCUCCCUGUGCAGGCCUUGCGCUCAGGGUCCUGCCUACAUGUCAUCUCGUUCAGUUCCCACGCCACCGUGAGGUUUAGAGGUCUGGACACAGGCAGACCUGCAGAGCGGGUGCCCCCCGAGCCCAGUGCUGCUGCUUCCCGUCAGUGACUGCGAGGGUCUCGGGCCUGAGGCUUGGCCCUGCCUCUCUGCCUGCGUCUCCGCGACAAUCCCUGUCCGCAGUGUUGAGUCUUUGGUGACAGUGACUGUGGCCCAGUGGAAACCGCCUCCCGUCUGCGCCUGGGCCCCUGUGCGCCUGCCCGUACCUGCCAGGUGGCUUUGGGCAAGUUGUUCCACCUCGGGGACCGCAGGUUUCUCAUCUGCAAGGUGGGGGCGCUGCCCUGGCUGGCCCUGGAGACAGCGGAAGCUCCGUAAGACCGUACCUGUGAGUGCCCGCGGGUGCCUGCUCCACAGCGCUUACUCCGGUCACCGUCACCGUCAGCCCUGCCAGCCGAGAGCUGCUCUCAGCACAGGCCUCUGAGCUGCUGGGCCAGCCUCCCUCUGCAGCCCCCAGUCCCGCUGGGCUCCUGGAGGUCGGAGCCGCCCCCUGCACCGGAAAGCGAAGGGAGCGUUUUCACUUCAUGAAAAACAGAACGUGGAUCUGCACCUUCUUUCUGGGGAGGAGGAAACCACCUAGCCACUUGCCUCCAUCAGGUCAGAAAGCCCGUCUGCUGAACCCGAGUCGCCGCAGGAAGAAGUCCUCAGGCUUCUUGGACUUUGGGACUCAAAGCUGGGACGCUCACGAGCAGGGAAACUCCCGCUGAGUCUGUGAGGGGCUCUGACAGUUCCACCCCCCAAAGGGCCAGGCAGGGCGUCCUGCCCCUCCCAUCUGCCCUGGGACUGUGCUGUCUCCUGACUCCGGCCCGGGGAUGCACUCACGCCCCGUAGCCUUUCUCAUCAUCCCCAACCAGAACUGCAUACCUGGGGCGGGAGGGAUUCCCCCAGCCGCUCCCUUUAUAGAUCACACAGCUGAGGCCAGAGACGGGGUGACUUGCCAGCUCCGCCUGCUGCUCCUCAUGUGGCCUCAUUUCUUCUGGUCUCACAUCUUUUUCAUGGACCCAAGAUGCAGAGGUUUAGACAAGAGAAUGGAGUUAGGGUGCUGGCAUUGGCCCGCUGGUGUGUCAAUGGUUGAAAACACCUGCGUAUCCUAGGGGCUGUGUCUCCGCCCAGGGCGAUGACUCUCACCCCACACGGGGACUCUCGGGGCCAGGAGUGGGCCCUGGGCUUGGGCAGCGCUCACCACCCCAGACCCCGGAUCCCUGGGCUCAGCGCCACCCUCUCCCCAUCUCCUCCGGCACAUAGGCUGUGCUCAGGGAGGAACACCUGGGUGCAGGAGCAAAGGGGUUCUCCAGCCCUUCCUUCCACGGGCAUGAAUUGAGCACCUGCUAUGGGUGAGGCUCUGGGUUUACCUCCACUUUUUACAAGUUAGAUUUCUGGAAGGCCGUGGGUCACUGAAAACAACACAUGUCAAAGGGGACUUCCUCACACGUAAUCUUAACAAGCAGGAAGUGCAUCCUCAUGGUUUGAUAAGGUAGACAGUCGUGUCCUUUUUGGGGGCCAGGUUACAUGAAUGUCAGCAGUAAAUAAAGAGUUUAUGAAAAAAGUGGUAUAGUAAGAAGUUAGUGAAAUAAAUUAUACAAGUCACUGUCUCCAUCCAGUGAAACCAUUUACAGCAGGGGUCCUCAAACUUUUUAAACAGGGGGCCAGUUCACUGUCCCUCAGACCGUUGGAGGGCCGGACUAUAGUUUUAAAAAAACUAUGAACAAAUUCCCAUGCACACAGCGGCGGCAAAAACACCCGGCGGGCUGGAUAAAUGUUUUCGGCGGGCCGCAUGUGCCCCUCGGGCGUAGUUUGAGGACCCCUGAUUUACAGCAUUAACCCUUGCACUUCUCCUUGACACAGAUUCUUUAUUAUUAUUACAGUGGGGCCUUGACUUACGAGUGUCCCGACUAACGAGUUUUUCGAGAUAUGAGCCGUCUCUCAGCAGAUUUUUUGCUUUGAGUUGC